AUGCCUGGCUCAGCACUGCUCUGUUGCCUGCUCUUACUGGCUGAGGUGGGGACCAGCAGAGGCCACUACACCCAGGAUGAGAAUAAUUGCACCCACUUCCCAGUCAGCCAGACUCACAUGCUUCGAGAGCUGCGGAUUGCCUUCAGCCAGGUGAAGACUUUCUUUCAAAAGAAGGACCAGCUGGACAACAUACUGCUAACUGAUUCCUUACUGAAGGACUUUAAGGGUUACUUGGGCUGCCAAACCUUAUCAGAAAUGAUCCAGUUUUACCUGGUAGAAGUGAUGCCCCAGGCAGAGAACCAUGGCCCAGAAAUCAAGGAGCAUUUGAACUCCCUGGGAGAGAAGCUGAAGACCCUCAGGAGGCAGCUGCAGCGCUGUCAUCGAUUUCUCCCCUGUGAAAAUAAGAGCAAGGCUGUGGAGCAGGUGAAGAACGAUUUUAAUAAGCUCCAAGAGAAAGGCGUCUACAAGGCCAUGAAUGAGUUUGACAUCUUCAUCAACUGCAUAGAAGCGUACAUGACCAUCAGAAUGAAAAACUGA